AUGGUAGUCUUCCAAUUUGUUGCUGUUUUUGUUGCCCUCUCGUGCAUGAAUUUCUUUGUGGUCGGUCAUGGUAAUACUGUCUUUAAUGCUACGGUGUCAUUAGAUGGAUCGGGUGAUUAUAAAACAAUCAAGGAUGCUAUAGCGGCGGCUCCUGAUAAUAGCAUCACACGAUUUUACAUUCAUGUGAUGGCUGGUACUUACAAUGAACACGUUGAAAUUCCAUCCACCAAAACAUUUGUGGCUCUUAUUGGGGAUGAUGCAUCAACCACUAUUAUUGUUGAUAAUCGGAGCAACCGCAUUGGAUUUAAAACUUUCCACUCCGCCACGUUCAAUGUAAAGGGUAGAAACUUUAUGGCAAAGUCCAUAACGUUCAAAAAUUCUGCUGGACCUGAGAAUGGCCAAGCCGUUGCUCUUUUGAAUGAUGCCCACCAAACAGUUUAUUACAACUGUAUAUUUCUUGGGUUUCAAGACACGCUUUAUGUAAGAGGAGAUAAGGAUUGCAAGAUAUAUGUCGGAUUAUCAAAUACUACUGUUACAAUUACUGCACAAUCUAAAGAAUUAGAAAGCGAACAUAGUGGGUUCUCAUUUCAAAAUUGCAGUGUAACAACUUCUCCUGAACUCGGGCCAAGAAAAGAUCAAAACUUUGAUGUUUAUCUUGGUCGGCCUUCCAGAGAUUAUUCAACUGUAAUUUUCAUGCAAUCAUUUUUGGACACGGUGGUCAAUCCAAAAGGAUGGUUAGAGUGGUCGUUGGGGAGCCCUCUAAACUUAUUAUUCUAUGCAGAAUUUAACAAUAGAGGACCAGGAGCUGAUAUAUCUAAGAGAAUCAAAUGGCAAGGGUAUCAUUUAAUAAAUAAUCCACUAGAAGCUACAAAGUAUACGGUGAAGGACUUUAUAGAUGGAACUACAUGGUUGCCGGAAACUAAUGUACCAUUUAGACCUAGUCUGUAG